AUGGCGUCUCAACAAAGUAACGACAACAGCAAUGGUGGCGCUGCGUCCUCAGACUUUCCUUCUCUCAGCUUCUCUGGUGACGAUUUGGUGGCUGGCCCUAUAUCACUCAACCUCCUCGAGCCUGCUUCUCGGCCAAACGACCCCCAAAAUGGUGGUGCUAGUUUUCUCCUCCCUUCGGGGCUUUCUACAGAGGCAAAUGUCUCUGAAUACCCUUCUCUUGAUGACGACGACUUCGCAGCAAUUGCUGAUCGCGCUGCUGCAACGGUCGACAACAAGCUGGGUCUCGGACUUCUUUCUUCCUCUGCUGGUGGUGGUGAGUCCUUACCAUCCAACCCAUUCUACGACAAUAUAGCUAAUGGACCUCAAGCUGGAAACAACAACGCCCUCACCCCCGCUCUCGACCCAGCCUUGUUCCUCUGUCCUGUUGCCCCUGAGGCUCCUCUUGCUUCUGUCCCUGGUCCCCGUCUUGUUCGUGCACCUUUCCUGCCUCUUCCCGCCAUGCCCAUGGCCAUGCAACCUCUCCCUACAGCCAUUAACACUGCUGCUGUUCCUCCUCCUCCACAUCCGCGGUGCCCCCUCGGUGGUCUUCCCCUGGUCAAUUCGUCUCCUGCGACUCCAACCAACAAUCCAGCCACGGGUCCUACACAACGUACCAAGACGCUCAGAUCGGUCGUUGAUGACGAUCCUUUCGCCUGCCCCCGUUGCUUCCACAUCGUGCUCACCAAAGGAAGCAUCGGAUGGGGCCCGGCUGACCAUGAAAAGAUCAAGGAGGACCCAGCCCUGUUCGAACUCAAGAAGCUGUCAUGGUACCGCAUCCAAGGGUACGACACGACAUAUCGCGGCAACAACGGUAAACAGCGCAAUGCGCACCGUCGUAUGGCCAUGGGCAUGAGAAGCAAUGACCCUGAAUACGAAGACGAUGUGUACGGAGAGUCGCAGAGGCUCCGAAGGCAGCAAAGUUAG